CGCGUCUGGCUGCGGGUGGGUUGGAGGCCCAGGACGAGAACGAAGAGACUCUAAGGUCGCCAGCAGCCGCGCGGUUACCACUUAAACUGAAGAUUAUAAAACAACAACGACGACGACAACAACAACAAACAACAACGCCACAAGAGAGUGGUCUCGACGUCGACAAGCAGCCGCUUGCGAGAGAGCAGCCCGCAGCGAACCAUGUUCUCGCUCGCCACGCUCCCGUCACAGGUGACAGUGCCACUGUCUCAACUGCUGAGUGCCUUGCACGCACUCAAGAGCGCCGCUAGCUCCGUGGGAUCGGCAUCUGUGCAACGGCGGCAUCAGGAGGCAACGGCCGACUUGGAACGCAUUUCAUCUGGAUCUGAUGACACGGCGGCGCUGGUCUUCAGAGAGCUGGGGCUGCCGGAGCUGACUGUCGGCCAUGCGGAGGAACUCCUCGGCCGGCUUCUGCCUCCUCCACAGCCUCCGUCUGCGCUCCCCUCGCUCAGCGCACACUGGAAAUCUUCCCACACCUCCUCGCAGACCUUCUUCCAAAACAAGCAUGGAUUUCCUGCCAAUCUACUGAGACGCAACUCGCCCUACAUGUCCUCCUACCUGCAGCCCUGCUCUGUGCCCACCGUUAGCUACACCCUGCAGUUGCUGCAUGGGAUGGAUCAGCGGCGUGGGUUCAAGACCCUGCGCUUGCACGGGGUCCGUCGCAACACACUCCAGGACCGCGAAGAGAGAGGAGAGAACAGUGGACAAAAUUUCGUCAAGGGACUGCUAAGGGACAAGGUCGGAGAGGGAGAAGACCUGGAUAAGAUACUUAAACGGAAGCAUAUCCCUGAGGGUCACAAGGACGCCUUCAAGACUGGCUUUGCCGAGGGCUUCAUGGCAGUGCAGACGUUCACACAGCGGGCCCAAGAAUACCAGCGGAAAAGCCGGUUGUAUCUGCUGGCGUUGAUACUGAUCGGCGUCUACCUCCUAUACAAAAACCCAUUCCUCUCUGCGGCAGUGCGAUUCCGCACGUCGACAGGAUUUGAUGCUUCGGUGGACCCCAUCACGAUGAAGAACGUGACAUUUGAGCACGUCAAAGGGGCUGACGAAGCGAAGGAAGAGCUGCAGGACGUGGUGCAGUUUCUGAAGAACCCACAGAAGUUCACUGUGCUUGGUGGCAAGCUGCCAAAAGGCAUCCUGUUGGUGGGCCCACCUGGCACAGGCAAGACCCUGAUGGCACGUGCCGUGGCUGGGGAAGCUGAUGUGCCCUUCUAUUACGCCUCGGGCUCUGAGUUUGACGAGAUGUUCGUGGGUGUGGGGGCCAGCCGCAUUCGAAACCUAUUUCGUGAAGCAAAGACAAACGCUCCGUGUGUCAUCUUCAUUGAUGAACUGGACUCUGUUGGUGGCAAGAGAAUUGAGUCUCCCAUGCAUCCGUACUCGCGACAGACCAUCAACCAGCUUUUGGCAGAGAUGGAUGGGUUCAAGCCCAAUGAAGGAGUGAUUGUGAUUGGAGCAACCAAUUUCCCUGAAGCUUUGGAUAAUGCCUUAGUGCGGCCGGGCCGCUUUGACAUGCAGGUGACGGUGCCGCGUCCCGACGUCAAGGGACGCACAGAGAUCCUCAAGCUCUACCUCAGCAAGGUCAAGAUGGAAAGUGGUGUGGACCCGAUGACAAUCGCGCGUGGCACGGUGGGCUUUACGGGCGCCGAGCUGGAGAAUUUGGUGAAUCAGGCGGCGCUCAAAGCGGCCAUGGAUGGCAAGGACGUCGUGAGCAUGGUGGAGCUGGAGUAUGCCAAGGACAAGAUCCUCAUGGGUACGGAGCGUCGCAGCGCGGAGAUUGACUUAAAGAACAAGACCAUCACGGCAUACCACGAAGGCGGUCAUGCGCUCGUGGCCUUCUACACCAAAGAUGCCAUGCCCAUCAACAAGGCCACCAUCAUGCCCCGCGGGCCCACACUGGGACACGUCUCCUUGCUGCCAGAGGAUGACCGGUGGAGCGAGACCAAGGCCCAGCUGCUGGCCCAGAUGGACGUGAGCAUGGGUGGCCGUGUGGCGGAGGAGAUCAUCUUUGGGCUCGACAACAUUACCACGGGUGCAUCAAGUGAUUUUGAAACUGCCACCAAAAUAGCAAGUCUGAUGGUGACCAGAUUUGGCAUGAGUGAAAAGCUUGGAGUGAUGAUUUACAAAGAUCAGGAGAAGCUCAGCCCAGAAACCCAGUCUGCUAUCGAGACCGAAGUCCGGGCCAUGCUCCGGGACUCGUACGAGCGUGCACGGAGCAUCCUGAAGGCGCACUCACGGGAGCACAAGCUGCUCGCCGAGGCGCUGCUCAAGUACGAGACGCUGGACGCACGGGAGAUCCGCUCGGUGUUGGAGGGCAAAUGCCUGGAGGAGAGACAAGUAGCUCUGGCAAAGGCCAUCAGCCAGGCGCUGUAACGCCAGUGUGACAUUGAACGUGCACUGUUUUCGUACACUUUGCCGUGAACUUGAAUGGAGAAAAAAAUCGGGUUCUGUUUGGGAAAGUGAUGAGAAUCUGUCCUGUUAAUUUGUAACAAAGUCCCCGAAAGACCCAGCUACUGCAAAGUGAAAAUAACUUGUCAACGCAGGCCCGUGUCAUCCAUGUUUCAAGUAGAGCUGAUGAGAAAGUGUAAUGAGCAAACAGCUCAAUUUGUGACUUUUUGCUGAUCAGAAGCCUGAUUUUUUUGGCAUCUGGAAAUGUUAAACUUUUUUUUUAUUUGUAAAGGAGCCAGUAUGAACCCAAGUACAAUGAGUGCAAGAGACCUUAGUCAAACCCGCCAGACCAUGUAACCAUGUAAGCAUGUAGCAUGUGAUGGCAGUAGUCUGAUUGUGCUCUGGGUAAAGGUCCUGUUAUUUGUUUCAAUCACAAUAUGCUGCUGAACAUUUGGUUUUAAAUAUAGUUAAAUGGGUCGGUGCAUAAUCCGAUUCAUCCAGAUAGGCUUUGAUGUUUCACUCCUAACUAUAGCCCGUUGCUUCUACGAGUCUCGAUUGCAGGUUACAAUAACUUGCAGUUUCUUGACCAGAAUGAACCAUGUCUUUUAGGGAGGCAGGAUAAUUGUAGCCAUUUCGGUCAGAGUCAGUAACAGCAAUAAAUGAGCAGCAAGUGGUAUGAUAACCAGUCGUCCAUAGGGGAGUGCAGGGCCCUGAUACAUUCAUACUAUGUGUUGCCCCCCCCCCCCUAACCAUUUACUUCAAACUAAACCGUAAGUAUUACAUCUGACAUCUGGGCCCACCAAAAAACGGGGCCUGGGGUGGUCACCCAAUUAUGCUGUAUCUUAGGGACAUCUCUGAUAACUUGCAUUCAGCAUUUAAACAAUGCACAUUCUUUAAAAAGGUAAGUUUAGUCCAGUUUAGGACGUAAAAUUCAGAUUAUUUAAACAUGUUUCAAUUUGUAUGUGUGUGCUGAAAUUCAGUCGAGACAACCAAAGCCCACGUCUUUAUUUAUUGAAAUUGUUUCCCCUAAAUACAGUGUCCAAUAUACUGUACAACAAACAUUGCUUGCAAAAGAACGGCGCUUCGGACCAUUAUCUGCUUCUUGUACUUAUAAAAC